AUGCAAGUUCCCUUGAUCGACAGACUCAACGAUUUCCAAGCAGGUUUCAACUCAUUGCAAAACCCAUCUCUCCCUUCUCAAAUCGCAACCACCUCCUUCAACGGUUUCCAAUCAGUUUCCAUAGCUUUCAAUUUCUGCAAAUGGGGUGCUGUCAUUCUCGCUUUAGUCGCAACCUUUGGUAGCAUCAUCAACAAACUCACCAUAUUCAUCACCCAUCUCCGUAAAAAAGCUCAUUCCCUUCCUUCAAUCGCUUUCGAUGACGUUUUCAGCUCCGACGAAAAUGACGACGACGACGUCGUUAGCUUAUCUUCUUCAUCGGACUUUGAAGACGACGAGCCAUCUGUAUCAUCUUCUUCAAGUUUCAACGAUUUUUUCAGAAUCAGCGGAAACAGUUAUCUUAUAAACGACGAGUUCCAGUCGCAAAACGGUGGACAUCAACGACAACGUAGUAUCGGUGACAUUUUUUCUUUUUUUGAAUUAGCUAACAGUGAAAACGUUGUUAAGUUUUGGGACAGUAUAGGAUUCGGUCUAGGUUUAGAUUUCGAUGAAUACGAGGACGGAGUUAUGUCCUCAUACGACGUCGUAAGCAGCAACCAAAACGCGCUUUCAACUCACGUGGAUUCACCAGCGGUAGUUGUAUCGGCGGGAGAAGGCGCGCGUGGUAAUCUCGCGAUUGAAAUUUGGGACACGCGCCUCCGUCGACGGAAGCCUUCUGUUGUAGCGGAGUGGGGGCCUACGGUGGGGAAGACGGUUCGCGUCGAAUCUGGCGGCGUUCAGAAGGUUUAUGUGAGAGAUGACGGACGUCAACGUUUGACGGUUGGUGAUAUGAGAAAAGUCAGUAUUCCGUUAAGAAACGUAACGAAAUCUGACGCGGAUAAUACUUGGUGGGAUGCGGAUGCUGUUAUUGUUUCGGGUGAACAUUAA